AUGCCGCGCGAAAACACCAUCCUAGUAACUGUGGGCAGUACGCGGUUUGAUGCACUGGUGUACAAGGCUUUAUCAGAAUCGUUUCUUGCGUGUGUUUGUCUCGCCCUAGGCCCACAAGCAGAGGUGUGGAUCCAGUACGGUCACAGUGCGUUUGCCUUACCAAGCGGUGCAAAAAAAGGGACUCUACGGAAUACAGAAGGCGUAUGGAUCGAUACACAAGGCCAAGCCAAGACGUUUGCAUUUGCCUUCACCCCCAAAUUGCGAUCAUGGAUCGACCAUGCAGGCUUGGUGAUUUCUCAUGGUGGUUCUGGGACCAUCAUUGAAGUGCUACGAUCGGAUCAUGCACCCAAACUUCUCGUGAUGCCUAAUACUACGCUCAUGCAUGACCACCAACGUGAGCUUGUGCAGCAAUUAUCUCAGGAGGGAUAUCUGAGUAUGGGGCAUAUAGACAAUAUAGAUCAGAUGAUACCACAGGUGCUCUCCCGCAACUAUGUGCGCUUCCCCGCACAAAACACAGUGGCAGUAAAACGAGUCGUAGAAUCAGUCUGGUGUUGA